AUGCUCACUUCACGGUAUGCUCUUGGAUUUGAGAGAGAGAGAGGGUGUGAAGGGCUUGAGGUCUGGGCUCGGUUCCACUACACCAUCCAAGCAAACCGUUUCGCUUGGUCCGUAAAUUAUUCUUGAUCCAACGCUUGCAUUGGCUCUGAUUAGAUUUGGCGUGGUGAGAAAUGAAAGGCAGGGCCACAUGCUUGUGCGUGCCAUUGCAACCGCCUCUGAUGCAAAAGCGACGUCCCAGCGGAAUGAGGAUUAAGGCAUUAAAACUCACAUUGAGCCUCAUGUGCUUUGCGCCCGUCCUGCGCAGUCAGUCAGUCAGUCAGUCAGUCGCACUUCAACUGCUGUCAACAUGAGCGUCUCGGGGAUCCAUCAAGGAACACUGAGGAUGUACGGUGGAUUUCUUUUCAAACAAUGGAAGAAGAGGUUCUUGCUCCUGACAGCUGAAGGCAGCCUCCUCGUGUGUCACCACGCUUCAGCUCCACCUGACCAGCUGGUCCUCUUACAAAGCAGCUGCGAGGCCAUCGUGGAAGGCAGGGAGAUCCUCGACCUGCCAAAGCUGCCCGCCGGAGGGAGCCGAGAUUGCUGCUUCGCCCUCAUAUUGACCCACGACAAAUACCUGCUCCUACUGACCGACACCCCUGCUGACUGCAGUCAGUGGCUGAAUGUGCUGAAAAAGGUGAAAGAGAGCGUCUCGUCAACUCUCGGUCUUUGCAAGCGACAUCAGGUGCCGCCGCUCUGCAUCGCUCUAAAAGACCUCGUCCCCGACCAGAUCCAGGACAAAGAUCCACCGACUCUGCCGAUCAGCAAUGGAGAGGCUCCUUCUCCGGGGCCUCAGACCAGCUCUCCAAAGGAUAAAGGCAGGAGCUCUCCACGUACAAAGUAUUACAAAGGAGGGGGCCACUCAGCGGGCUGCCUGCGUCAUGGCAACAUCAACAACGCUCAGGCAGUGAGGGCCGUGUACCUGCUGAUGGGAGGAGCUGCCGCCUCCUCCGCUAUGGGUUACUUAGGCGCGUGCUCACCCUCCGGCCUGGACGCCAAAGCAGCCGACCUUCCUCUCAACACAGACUUCUCCGAUAUCGGGGGACCGGCGGUGGUGUACCACACAGAUAGCCCCGCCAUAACCUCCCCCCACUUCAACAGCUUUGACUUUGAAAUGGCAGACGCCGACUUCAAUGCUUUUGAUUGUGGCGGUUUUACUUUUUGAUGGGCUGCUGCUUGCUGUUGGAUGAUACUGGGCGAAGGUCAUGACAGGCCCUGACGGUCCCCCUCCUGAAUUUUUUUUCUUGCAAUUGUAUUUUGUAGUUACAAAUGAAUGCAACAGUUAGAAAUCCUGUAUAUCAGAGUCAAAGUAUCCUUUUUAUGCAGGAAGUGGAGGAUUUGUGGGCAUUUUGACCAUUUCAACCAUCAAUAUCAAUAUCAAGGAUAUUGACUCCAACGGUUUGCCAUUCUCCCGUCAGCAUGGCAACUAGUACAAACAAUGGGCUUCGUGCAUAACCGUGUAUUAUUAAAUAAUAUCAUCAGCACUGUCAGUGUUUGUGAAUACGCACUAGUAUUAGAAUUAGUUGGAACUGUCAUUUUCUUCCAACUCUUGUUGAUUCCAUGCCCAUGGAUUUCUGAAUUGUCCCAAAACCUUGUCAUCAACUCCUGUUUGUCCAAAUGUGUACUCACAUUUGUACAUCAAGUUAAACAACAUCAUAUUUUAUGUAUCCGUGCAAUUUUAAAAUG